UGCCUAUCGACAUCGGGAGCAAUACGAACCACAAAGUUGGCGGUGGUCGCGUGGUGUGUGCGUGCAGAAUUCGUAUAGCUUAUUUGGUAAUCUUAUUGCUAUACCACUCAAGAUGUCGUUCAAAGGAGGCCCUGGACAGAAAGUCCAGAAGGUUAUGGUGCAACCUAUUAACCUGAUCUUCAGAUAUCUACAGAAUAGAGCACGGAUUCAAGUUUGGCUGUAUGAAAAUGUUCACCUGAGAAUUGAGGGCCACAUUAUUGGUUUCGAUGAAUAUAUGAACCUUGUGCUAGAUGAUGCAGAAGAAAUCUACACCAAGCCAAAGUAUCGUAAACAAGUUGGGCGGAUACUUCUGAAGGGCGAAAACAUCACACUCAUUAUGAGCACGCAGAACAUGUGAAUGCGGACCAAGUGCUUAGUGGGCUGUGUCCAGGAGAUUUCUAUCUUUUGUAUUUCCAUCUCAUGUACAUCAUCAGGUUGAAAUUAGUGGGGUGGCUUCAUAAAAACUUCUCAAGUACCAUAAAAUAUCUGAUUGUGGAGCCUGUUUGAGCCACAGUAGGAAGUUCUGCAGAACAAUAUGUAGUCUUCUGUGGUUCAGUAGAGGUCAUUUGAAAGCAUUGCGUGCUUUGUUUCCCUUCUGUGUCCGCAUGGAGAUGCUCUGAAUCACUGUUCGAGCUGCUGUUGCUUGAUACCGAGGCUUUCCCUCAUUUUGACACUGCUGGAACGCUGCAAGGGAAACGUAAUUGAAGCAGCAUGUGUGAUACCCAUGAUAACCUGGUCAGUUCUGUAGCAGUGCAUUGUAUUUACUUUGACUGAUGCCAUUGCAAAUAUGGUCGCCAGUGUUUUUAGAAGGUAAAUGAUCACUACUGAAAUAAUCUUCUCUGCUACAACAGCUGUAAAUAAAGGAAAAAGACAGGAGAGGUGAGAAGAGUUUCAUGGCUAUGUAUUAGAUUUUUUUUCUAGUGAUUUUGAGUGGAAACUGUUCCAAGCCAUUUUUUCAUAUGGGACUGCAUUACUCGUACAGCAUCUUGUGUUACUCGUACAGCAUCAUGCAUACAUUCAUCUCUUGAAAGAGUACAUGUGCUUUAAAAACUAUGUUAUGAAAAAAUGUAUUGGUAUGUUUUAAGUGUCCGUGAUCAUCUGGAAUUAAGGAUAUUUUUAAGUUUGUGUCAUCAUGUGAAGAGUAUUGGAAAGGUGUCCUAAAGUACUCAGAAUGAAGCUCAUUAGUGAAGCCUUUUAUGCUGUAGGGUAUGGUCACUGCUGUAUGCAAUGCUAAUUCUGUUGUUUUGUGAAUACCUUGUGAACUCGAGCUCAAAUGAAGGUACUUGUUCAAAAUUACCUACUGUUAUGUGACUUGCAUGAACACGGUCACUUAUUUGAGCACUUCACCAUUCUGGACAUAAUUUUCACUGAGAAAUCUUGAGCUCCACUGUCAAAAAUGUUUCUCUGCACAGUCACAUUGAUGUAGAGAAAACAUGUUUUUCAUUAUUUAUAGUAGAAUAUGCAGAUGCAGUAAAUGUGGCAUCUUGAGACUUUGACGAGCAAUGGAUCUCUUUCAUUGGCAGAGAAUGGUUCCAAUUUUAAUUCUGUUAUGUUGCAUGGAGAAGCACUCAAUGUAGACUGCAAUUUUUUUCUCAGCUCAUUGCAUUGUUGCUAGUGAAAGUUUUCUUGUUUACUGUAAUUGCGAGAUGUUAACAGCACUGAGGAAGACAAUGUGCAAAACACUGUAAAAGAUGCUGUUGGGGCAUGGGUCUUACUGAAAACAUGUACUAGAUCAAAAGGCAAAAAUCUCAUUUUAAUUAGUUUAAAUCAAUGGUCAAUAAACUAUAGCUUAAUGUUGACUGAUUUUGUGCUGAUUAGAUCGAAAUUAAGCAGCACUCAGUGCUGCUUGUAAUUCGUUAGAAUUACAAUUCUGAAGCAGCUGUAAUAUCCUGCUACACAUGCACGGCUGAGGGACUGUACUUCGUAAUUAUCUGUACCCCAUUUUCUUUUUUAUGCAUUGUCGUCUCAAAACUGCGGCACUGUUUUCACUUGGAGAAGGCCUUGGUAGAUUGAAGGAAAAAUGGAAAAUUAAAUACAUUUACAACUCGUUACCACUUCUCAUGUUCUCAGCGAUUACUCAGUAUAUUAGCAUUUCUUGAAGAAGCCAGUGGAGUACAUGAACCCUACGAUCCAGUGCAGUGCCUCAUCAGUGGACACUAGCCUCGUUUUUCUAUUUUCUUAUUUUAUUGACUUGCAUGUAGCAAUGAGCAUUGUAUGAAAUUUGACACUUGGUUUGCCCUUCUGGGGCACUCGGGAAAUAUUGUACGGCCUGUUACAGUGCUACUUAAAGCUUCCAAGACAGUCCGAAAGAUUGAUUGUUGUUGCGAGUGUAUUAGAGCAAGUAGUCAUUGUGGUGACUAAGACAUGGAAGAAAUCCUUCCUGGUCCUUUUGUUGGUGGGCACUGGGUUUUUUUUUAUUGGCUUACCCAGCAGUCACUAACAACAGCCCCUUUUUCUUUGCUAAUGGGCAUGAGGGUGGACAUUUAUUGUGAAGUAGUAGCUUUUAAAGAGUAAGUGCAGCUUCCACUUCAAUAAGGUACGCAUUUGGGCUGGUUGGUUCAUGGUUACGAGUGAAAACAGCGCUAAAAGACUGGACAAGAAAGGACACGAGACCACGGCGCCGUGGUCUCGUGUCCUUUCUUGUCCCGUCUUUUAGCGCUGUUUUUCAUUCCACUUCAAUUCUGUUUGUAUAGCGAGGUUUCGCUGUAGGCCUUGUAAUAAAUUGCAGCUGAAGUUUAGCACAUGUUCUGUGCAUUUCGUGUUCUGUGUGCCAUUUUCCUUAGUGCUGUUAACACAUUUAGUAUUGCAGGGUGUCAUUUAAGCUAAAUUUCUUGUACCUGUGCCAUUCGUUUUAAUUAAAUAGCUGUCAUUCCAAA